CGUCCUCCAGCAAACAGCGCGAAUGAGACUCUCGGGCCUCCAUCUGGCAGCGCAGCGCAGUGUCCGACCGGCCGCCGUUCGCUUGAGACGCGCUGAGCUCGAAACCGCUGGUACCAGCAGUCUCCCCACCGCGUUCCCCGUCCUCCAAAGCAUCGAGAGACGCCCCCGCUCGCCGUUUGACAGCUCGUGGUUUCCGUGUCGGAAAGUGGUGAACCGUCAUCGGUGUGAUGACACUUUGAUUUUCAAAAUAAAAUCCAAAAUAAAACACCUCAGACGCUGGGACCAAGUGCCGGUUUCACUCCCAAGAACCCGAAGGUGUUGCCCUUUGAACUGUUCCGCGUCCCCGGUUGUGAGUGAUUGUUGUUUGAGUAUCGUUCAAGUGUUUGGAAUACCGGAGGGGAAAGAGCUUAUUAUUAGCCGGACGAAAUACUCUACGGAAAAAAGAGCUUCGCCAUAGCUGAGCGGUCUCUAUAGGCAGCGAGAAUCUCCCGCAGGAUUGUGAAUCGACGAAUCAACCGCGUGGAUAAAUGCACGCGUGACAGGAACCAGAGAGUGACACAGAGUCGGUUGGAUGAGCUGCACCAUGGAGUACCAACAGUUGGCUCCGCCGCCGGUACCGGUCGUCCUCCACCCGGUCCACCACCCCCAACAGCAUCCCCCGGGACCCCAGCAUCCCCAUAUCGUCGUGGCCCCUGCUCACCAGCAGAACCAACAACCCCCGACGCCCCUGCCCCCGACCUCUCACGCCCAUCAGGUGCACACACCCCUGCCUUCCAUCCACGAUGACAGCACGAGCUCGAGGUGGACCCAGUACCAGCACCUAUGGCGGCAGCACCACGUCUACAUGAACGACUGCACGUCGCGAGGCGGCGGCGAGUCGAGAUCGGCUGCAGGCGAGAAAAAUCCGCAGCAUCUUCCAAGAGGCGAGUCAGAACGGCGAGAGCCACCUCCGAGUGGGAAGCCACAGGUUGCCACGUCACGACCUCCUCCUCCUCUUCCUCCCAUUUUAUCUCCUAUGCGAGACGCAGCGAGAAACGAAGAGUCUCAGAAACCGGAGAGUAAGGCGGUUUCUAAUAAACCUGAAGGAUAUCGAAAACAGGGGAAAGAUAUACCUGAGGAGAAAAAAGAUGACGGAGAGUUGUGGGGUAACGUGGAGGCGCAGGCCGCCUUCCUAGGACCAAACCUUUGGGACAAAACGCUACCCUACGAUGCCGACCUGAAGGUAUUAAAUCAUUACGUGGAUCUCGACGAGUUCCUCUCGGAGAACGGCAUUCCUGUUGACGGGGUUACGGGGGGUGGCCAGGGACCGAUGCCAGGUGGUCAACUUCACAAAAUGAACGCCGAAGCAGGCGGACAUCAAGGACCGGCAGGUCUUCACCUCGAGGUGACAAAACGUGAACGGUCACCCUCGCCCAGCGAAUGCUGUUCGCCGGACACAAUGAACCCUCCAUCACCCGCAGACUCGACGGAGGACUCGUCGUCAACAAUACAAUUUGGAUUAUCUCUUGUAGCCCUGUCCAUGGCCUCAUCUGGGCGAGACUUUGAUCCUCGCACGCGUGCCUUUUCUGAUGAGGAACUAAAGCCUCAGCCGAUGAUUAAGAAGUCUCGGAAACAGUUCGUUCCGGAUGAUUUGAAGGAUGACAAAUACUGGGCGCGACGCAGGAAGAACAACAUGGCUGCCAAGAGGUCCCGGGAUGCGCGCCGCAUGAAGGAGAACCAGAUUGCCCUAAGAGCCGGCUUUCUUGAGAAGGAGAAUAUGGGCCUGCGGCAGGAGCUGGACCGAUUAAAGAACGAGAACAUACUCCUACGUGAUAAGCUGAGCAAGUACACGGACGUCUAACCAACGGCCUUCCAACCUCUUCCUAACUUACAAAUAAUGUAGUCCGGACUGCAUCGGGGCUCCUGCAGGAUCCUGGCGAUCGUCCGCAAAUAUGUCACACAUACAGCAACCAAGAGUUGAAUGCUAGAUUACAUAGCGACAGGUGAAGUGCGAAAACGAGUCAAGGAGAGCACACCAAGA